UGCAAAUUGCAUCCACACGCAGCCGUUGCGGUGCAAUUUGCAAAUUUCACAGAAAACGGACGAGACCAGGCAAGCACGAACGAAGCAGAGGAAGAAGAGGAAGAGGAACACAGUCUUGAGGCAUCAAGCGAGCGAGCGAGCGAGCGAGCCAAGGGCCUUCCUUUCCUGUCUAGCUUGAGAGGCUCAAGGUGCAUGUAUGAGCGCGUGUUUUGCGAAGAAGAACACACGCACUCUGCGCAGUGAGCUGCUAUUGUCAUGUCCGUUCUCAAGUUCUUCAGGGGUCUGGACAUCUCCGGAACCAGUUUCAAGGAUGACCCAUUCCCGUCCGAGGUGGAUCGGCUGUUGAACGUGCGCUGGAUCAAACUCAACAGUUGUGAUCUGGACAUGCUUCCAUCCGCCGUCAACAGGCUGCCCAAGCUGGAGUACGUCUCCAUCAAGAACAAUGAGCUGCUCAGCAUCGGACCCAGUGUCACACAACUCACCAGCUUGCGGUCGUUCCGGGCGGCCAACAACGCGCUUGAAGCCGAAGACAUUUCCCGCGAACUGUACAAGCUGGAGGACCUCACCACGCUCGACCUCUCCUCCAACAGCAUCGAUUGCAUCCCAGAGGGCAUGACAGAGGCAACGGGUCUCCUUGUGCUGGAUCUGAGCCACAACAAGCUGAAGGACCUUUCCCGCGUCUUUCUUGUCAAGGUCACCGACAUUGAGUUCCUUGAUCUCAGCCACAACCAAAAUCACCACCCUCCCCGCCCGCAGCUUCGACGCCUUGCAAACCUGCGCACGCUGCUGUUGUCCGGAAACCCGUUGGCGAACACGGCCGGGGCGCUGCGGGCGGUGUCGGCGCUGGAGCAUCUCGUACGCAUCGUCCUCCGGGGCACAGCUCGCCGCGCCGCUACCCUGCCACCGGAGCUUGCGGAGUGCAUCUGCUUGGAGGAGAUUGAUUUGGCCGAGAACGAAUUUGCAGAAUUUCCUGAGGUGCUCACGCUCCUUCCAAACCUUCGCGAAGUGAAUCUUAGUGACAACCAGAUUGUGCGCAUUCCAGGCUCCAUCAAGGACCUGCAGUCACUGCGCAUUCUAAACGUCUCUCGCAACGCACUCCGAGACCUGAAGCCCGUGUGCGGCGUAACAUCGCUUGUGCGCGUGUACGCCAACGGCAACAAUAUUGUGGCCAUUCCUGACGAAGUUGAAGCCCUCGCCAACCUGGAGGUGCUGCGUCUUGCCCGCAAUCGCAUCACAGAUGUUCCCCAUGCACUGUGCACACUUCAACACCUCAAGGAUCUGUGUCUUGACAGCAAUGCCAUCACGCAACUGCCUGUGGCCCUGCACCAUCUGCCUGCGCUCGCUGCCGGCGGUCGCUUCUCGGCCCGCAGCAACCCGGGCAACCCCUCUCUCCCGCCAAAACGCCUUCUCGACAUCCCAGGGGCGGCACACGGCACGCGCGCACAUGUCAGAAGGCAUGGCACUGGCACAGCAGCAGCAGCAUCAGCAUCAGCAUCAGCACACGCAACAGAUGCGCCCGCAACUGCUGCCGCAGACACACGUGAUGGCGUGCAGAUGGCAACAGAGAGCAGAAGCACCAGCGCCACCACAAGGCCCUGCCCACCGCGGUCGCCGUCGUGCUAUGGGGUUGACAUGGGGCGCGCUGCUGCUGCUGCCCGACGAACGUCGGGGUCAAUGGCCAUCAAGUCGAGCAGUCACCAGCGCGGACACAUCCACGCGCUGGAGGGCCCGGGCCUGAGGGACGAGCGUGGUGGCGAUGACAGCGUCACACAUGCAGAGGCGCGCGUGCCAACACGCGUCAAGGUGGAUGUGUCUCAGCGCAAGCAGGCAGAGAACAUUCUGCGUGGCCUCACCGACACAGACAGCACAAAAUACGCAAACGAGACGCCAGAGCUGCUCGAUUCGUUUCAAGACUCGGCUGCUGCCCAAAGCACGACAGCGACUGACGCGGGCGAUGAGCCACAAGAGGUCCAGGAAGGACAGGAAGGGCAGGCCGGCAAAGGGGACCUCAAGUCCAGUGUCGGUGCAAGUCCACGGAAACCGAAAACGUGGAAGAAAAUGAUCAAGAACCCCAAAGUGGACGGCAAAACGCUCUUUGGAGACGACUUUGACGACUUUCUCGGCACCAAGAUUUGGCGCAUUGAGGACUUUGCGCCUGCGCUUGUGAACGAGUUGGAUCACGGCACAUUCUAUGAAGCAGACUGCUACAUUGUCCUUGAUGCAAAGGAAAACGAAGUGCAAGACAUUGUGCACACGGUGUACUUCUGGAUCGGGUCCAAGUCAUCCCUCGACAAACAAGCGAGCGCCGCCAUCAACGCCGUCAAUCUGCGCGCAUAUCUCCACGUCGACGACCUCUGCCAGCGCGAAGAGCAAGAGGAUGAAAGCCGGGAGUUUUUGCUGCUCUUUGGCAACAAGAUCAACUACAUCGAAGGUGGAACGGAGUCUGGGUUCUACACGACCGAAGAAGUGGUGCGGCCAACGCGCAUGUAUCACUUGAAGGGGAAAGUCUCUCUCACCGCAUACGCCGUGCCCACAGAGAAGAAGCAGCUGCGCAAAGGCAACGUGUAUGUUGUGGACGAGGACGAGAUGAAGACCAUCUGGCUUUGGGUUGGCAAAGGAACAGGCCUUGUGACACAGCGCAAGGCGUGCUUGUUCUGUGAGAAGGCCACAAAGGGCACGACCAUGAAGGUGGUCGUGGUGCAGCAGGGGAGUGAGACUGACGAGUUUCUUGACAUCUUUGGUGACGACGACACAACCAAGAUUGACCGCGUAGACGCUGAUGUUGAGGCGCUUCAGGCCAUGAUCCCGACCAUCAAGCUGCACGAGAUGCACAUGGGCGACGGCUUCCUUGAGUUGCCGCAGGUUGUGCCUGCAGGCAGAGCCAUUUCCCGCGCCAUGCUUGCAAGCACGGGCGUUUACAUCAUCGACCACUGGGCAGACAUGUACAUCUGGAUCGGUCACAGAUCAAGCCGGCUUGUGCGUGCUGCUGCUGCGCGCGUUGCACUGGAGCUGCAGAAAGUGCUGCCGCGACCCGAUUUCUUCCUGCUGAGCACCGUGACGGAGGGCACGGAGCCGCAAGUGUUCAAGAGCAAGUUUGAGGGCUGGGAUGACGUGUUGAAGAUUGACCACCGCGCAAAGGACGUUAUCCAAGUGGAGGCGAAUGUGCUGCGGCGCGCGCUCAAGUCGACGCUGCCGGCGGACCAGCAGCGAAUGCUGAAUGUCCUUCCGGAACAGCUCACCGUUUCACCGCUCGCAAAGCUCCUCAACACCUCCCAAUUCAACCUCUUUGACGCAACACACGUUGAUGUUGGCGAUCUGUUCACGCCGCCGCCGCUGCCAAUGCCGGAGGAGGAUGCACGGGCGUUUGAGAACAACUUCUGGGCGGAUCUCGACAACAUGGAGGCAUUCGUGCUGAAAGGCGGGCACUUUAAGGUGCUUGACAAGUCGCGUGUUGGCCACUUCUUCUCGGGCGAAUGCUACAUCUACCUCUGCUCCCAGUGGCGGCCCGUCCCAGGAUCAGCGAGCGACGAGAAGGAAGGCGGUGAUGAGUCAUCAGCCAGUGGACGCUCGAAGCAGCGCAGUGGCAGUCGCGGUGGCAGCCGCAGUGAAGACGCUGAUGGUGGUGGUGAUGGUGGUGAUGAAAACGACGAUGACGAUGAUGAUGAAGAUGAUGAUGAGUUUGAGGGCGAGGAAGAGCUGCAAUGUGUCGCCUACUUCUGGCAAGGACGCGACGUCUCCAAGAUGGCGUGGUUGCAGUUCCGGUUUGGCGGCAGCCUGGAGCGCAUUGAGGCGCUGGUGCAGAAGAAGUACCGCUGCCAGCUCCGCGUGCAGCGCGAGUUCCAGCACCGCGAGUCGCUCGACUUCAUGGCGCUCUUUGACCGCGGAAUGGUCAUCCACGAGGGUACAUAUGAUCAGGCCCUCGAAGACAAGACGCCGCGGCUGUUCAGGGUGCACGAGUGGAAGCCGACAGUAUUCACCAAAGCCGUCCAGGAGCGGCUGAACACGGGCCUCAUCUGCUGCAGAGACUGCUACCUCUUGCAGGUUCCGUUUGAGGGUGCGGACGACCGUGGCAUCCUGUAUGUGUGGCACGGCGACGAGGCGAGCAAGACGCUGCUCGACGCUGCGCAAGAGCUUGGCCAGCACUCCAUCUGGGGGGCGCAAUUCUCGAAGCAAGUCAUUGCACAGGGCCAUGAGCCUGAGCACUUCUUCCUCUCUGCCCUCGGUGUAUCCAAACUGCCGGAGACGGUGCGGGAUGGCCCGCGGAUUGACGCCGCGCGGUUCUGGGCGUGCACGAACCGGGACGGCUUCUUCAGGGUCGAGGAGCGUUCGGACUGGUUCUGCCAGGACGAUCUCAUGGAUGAGGAUGCAGCAAUUGUCGACACGCACGGCACGGUGUACUUGUGGAUUGGCCCCUUUGCAUCGGACGUGCUGAUCAAGCUCGCCACAGCCAGCGUGCAGGAGUAUGUGCGACAGUUGCCGCCCCAGCGAAACGCGAGCGUGGAGGACAUUCAGACGCUGAUCAAGGGUGGCGAGCCGUUUGAGUUUACGUCCAUCUUCCACGGGUGGAGCCACCACUUGCAGGGCGCAAAGGAGCUUUCCAAGCCCUUGGACUUUCUUGGCCACGUGAAGGACGACCAGUACCAGCGCCAGUUCUACGACAACGGCAAGCAAGGCACGCAUCAGCUCAUCAUGGUGGAGGAAGAAGACGAAGAAGAGGCUUGAUUGACACACACCCACCUACACUCCCCUGUCUUUGUUCACGGUGGCCUGCCACAAGCUUUGCUGUACACAUUCCACAAACAGUGCAUGCAUUUGUGUUAAUAGACAUUCUUCCUCUAUGCUGUUAGUUCUUGCCAUGUCUUUGAUGAUGAUUUGAAUCAUGUUGUGCUUGUGUACUUGAUUGAAAGACCAGCAAACAACGGCCAUGUCGGCAUACAUAGUGUAUUGUGCCACGGAAAAACGUUUCAAU